CAAAUCUUCAACACUGUAAAAAACCACAACCAAACGACGCUUAAGGAUAUCUACUCCAUUUUUAUAUUCCAAAAACAAAAAUCAAAACCAAAAGCAAAUACCACUUGCACCGACUUCCAGCUUCCGCGAUCCGUAACUGUCACUGGUGAACUCUUCCCCCCACGAAAAGUUGAUCAGUUGACGGCGGAAAAUGCACGCGAAAACUGAUUCGGAGGGCACCAGCUUGGCGCCAUCUUCGCCGGACAACAGCCGAAGACCGGUGUACUACGUGCAGAGUCCGUCGCGCGACUCUCACGAUGGGGAGAAGACUACAAUGUCGUUUCAUUCCACACCCGUGCUCAGCCCCACUGGAUCGCCCCCGCGCUCUUCCGUCGGCCACCACUCCCGGGAGUCGUCCUCCACCCGCUUCUCCGGCUCUCUAAAGCCCGGAUCCAGGAAGGUCAACCCUAACGGCGCUGGAUCUGGCGCCGGCGGACAGAACCGGAAGGGGCAGAAGCCUUGGAAGGAGUGCGAUGUGAUUGAGGAGGAAGGCCUUCUCGAAGAGGACAGCUAUCGCAAAUCCCACCCUCGCCGGUGCUAUUUUCUGGCAUUUAUUCUCGUCUUCGUCCUUCUAUUCUCCAUGUUUGCUCUCAUUCUCUGGGGCGCCAGUAAGCCCCAAAAACCUAAAAUCUCCAUGAAGAGUAUCACAUUCGAGAGCUUCGCAAUUCAAGCUGGUUCUGACCAUACAGGAGUGAGCACCGACAUGAUCUCCAUGAAUUCAACUCUGAAGUUUCUUUACCGCAACACUGCUACAUUUUUCGGCGUCCAUGCUGCUUCAUCCCCUAUUCAUCUCUCAUACUCAGAAAUCACAAUUGGCUCUGGAACAGUGGAGAAAUUCUAUCAAUCAAGAAAGAGCCAGAGGACAUUAGGUGUAUCAGUGGUAGGAAAUAAGAUUCCGUUGUAUGGGAGUGGAGCGAGUUUGACUACAACACCAGCAGGGGCGACAACUCAGCCUGUGCCGCUGAAACUGAACAUGGUGGUCAAAUCAAGAGCGUAUGUCUUGGGAAAAUUGGUCAAACCCAAGUUUACCAAACAGAUCGAGUGUUCUAUCGUUCUCGAUACCACAAAGCUCAAUCACCCCAUUUCCCUGAAGAAUGCCUGUACAUAUGCUUGACAAACAGACGUUUCAUGGCGGGUGGAGUUGCUUUUUCUUUUGAGGGCAGCUAAAUGGGUGGUGGGCACAUGGAAGUUUCCAUCCUGAUUCCUGGGUUACACUGCUUCACUACUGGUACUGAUAAUGGAAAACACUGCCUGGCUGAGUUUGAGGGUGAGGUGCAGGAGCAGUUAUAUUGAAACCAUUUUUCAUACUUGUUAAUGUUGAAAUAUACAUUUCUUUCAUUCAUAUUUGUAAUAUUCGUAUAAUAACUUUGUAUGCCAUUUUAUCAUGUACCAAUGUACCACCAAAUUCAAUGGGGUGUAGUAUAUUUUGAACUGUAUAUCAUAUACAAAUACGGAGUAAUAAUAGGUAAUGGUGACACUCCUCAGUCCGGCAGUCCCCGUUUUCUUUACGUUAUAGUUCCUUUUUUUUUCUGAAAGGCAAAACAAUUUUAAUUGCAGAAAGUGAAUUGAUCAACGUCUUUUUGCAAC